AUGCAGCACAUGAGAAUCCACACAGGAGAAUCUCUGUACACGUGCUCUCACUGCGGCAAAAACUUUGACAAUUGUUCAGUCUUACAGGAACACGUCAGGCUGCACACACUGGAGACACCGUACAAGUGCUCAGACUGUGGGAAGAGCUUCGACAAAAAGCGUUACCUGAACAACCACGUGAGGAAGCACAGAGGGGAGAAGCCGUAUGAGUGCCUACAAUGCGGGAAAAGCUUCCCUAUAAAGUCCAAACUUGUAAAACACGAGAUAAUACACAUGAGGGAGAAGCCAUACAAGUGCGCCCUCUGUGGGAAAACAUUUGUUCGGAAGACAGACCUUUGUGCACAUGAGAAAAUCCACACAGUACAGUAG